GGAAUCCACAACAAAGGGGAACAUGCUUAUAAUUAUUGUCAGGUGUGACGAAAAAGUUUCACCCAAGAGACGCACUCAGCACAGCAGAACCUUUCACCCACUCGGGUAGUAUUUUUUUGUGCAUACAGUCUCUUGCCAUAAACUUUGCGAUAAGAAGAUAAACUGCCGGCUUUUCGUCUGAAGUAUGUGAAUGGUGUAAACAUAGAGCUGGGAACAUGGUAUAAAUAAGCGGGCCAAUUGCACAGUCCCAGCACUCCCCAUACAGACUCGCACUGCUGAAGUUAAAUAUGGCUAAUCAAAAUUCUGCCCUGAGUUUCCUCUCCUUUGCCCGUACCGCGCUCAAUCUCCAAUCUGCAGCCAUCUUCCUGUUGAUUUUCGUCGUGGUCUUCAAGCUAUUCCGACGUCCAAAGAACCUUCCCCCGGGGCCCUGGCGGUGGCCUUUCCUCGGGAACUUCGUGGCACUGACUCGGUCAGGGAAACACAUCCACGAGGUGUUGGCGGAGUGGGCCCAGCAGUAUGGAAGCGUCACGUCGGUCGGUCUGCGUCCGGCAGGGGAUCCUGCCAUUGUCGUGAGCGACAGUAGCAUCGCCAAGGAGUUGCUGUCAAAACAGGGGGAGCACCACGUUGAGAGGUCCUGGACUCCGCUUACGUCAAAAAUUGAAGACAUACAAGGGAGCUUUUUAUGGAGCAAGGGCGAGACUGCCAAAGAAUCGAGGCGUUUCGGCCUCGGCGCCUUUCGAAAAAUGGGAGUCGGCAAGAAAAGUCUGGAGCACAGAAUCAACGAAGAGGCUCGAUACCUUGUCGAACGUAUCGAGGCCGAAAAGAAUCGGCCCUUUGAUCCGAACCUCCUUAUCCACAAAGCCGUGUCCAACAUCAUCUGCUCCAUAAGUUUUGGGUCCCGCUUCGAUUACGAUGACCCCAAAUUCAAGAAGUUACUGGACAGUAUGCGAGUUGUUUUUGAGAACGAUGGACUGUCUUCAUGGGGAAGGACGUUUCCCUUUCUCUACCACACUCCUUUUUUGGCAAAAUUGAGAGAAUGUGUCAGAUUUGUCAAAGAAUAUAUCCAAACUGUAGUUCAGGAUCAUCAAGACUCCUAUGACGAGAAUGAUUUCCGGGAUAUCAUUGACAUACUUAUCGAUGACAUCAAAGGAAAAGAGCAGAUCGGAUCUAGGGUGGGCACGGGGCCUGCUCCGACCAUCACCCACCAACACAUCUGGCGGGGUAUCAUGGACUUGUUUGGCGCUGGUACGGACACAACUUCAAAUACCUUGCUGUGGCUGAUAUCCAUCGUCCUCAAGUACCCCGAAGUACAAGAGAAGAUCCAGCAAGAGAUUAAUGAAGUGGUGGGAAGUGACCGUCAGCCAUCUUGCGAGGACCGCCCCAGCAUGCCCUACACCAACGCGGUCAUCAGUGAAGUCCAGCGCGUACGUCCCGUGGCACCCUUUACUUUGCCGUACGCGACAACACAAGAGUUUCAGCUGAAAGGACACACUAUUCCCAAGGGAAUAAAAGUGAUUAUAAAUCUGUGGGCGAUGAUGAACGACCCCAAGGUUUGGGAUCGACCAGAGGAGUUCAAUCCUGGACGUUUCCUGAGCAAAGACGGCAAGAAAAUGAUUCAGCACGAAGCCUUCAUACCAUUCUCAACAGGUCGUCGGAGUUGUCUGGGUGAAGGGCUGGCCAAGACGGAACUGUUCCUCUUCGCUACUAACCUCUUCCAGCGGUUCACAUUUAAGCCACCGCCGGGGGCGUCUAAACCAGAACUGAAGGGAAUCCUAAACCUCACCUUUGUUCCAGAGUCGUUUACAGUACGAGCAGUUAAGCGUUAGAUUUUAUAAACGGCUUUAACAGAGGUUGAUCAGCGUCUUUUUGAAUGGCAGAAUUGGACAAUUGUACUACCUCGUUAAAGUAUAUUUCAAUUCAGACGCACGUCUUGUUAGUUGAAUUGGGUAACCCUCAUAGGCAUGAGAAGACAGGAAAAGGGAUGACGAGCAAUCGUUGUAGAUGACCUCAUUUUUAAGUGUCAAUGUAAUGCAACCAGUUUAAAUGUAUUCGGUUUAAGCUUUCCGGGUAACAAGAUAAAGUUUCUGAAGAAUGAUGCAUGAUUGCAUGGCUAUCGGUGUUAAUUUUCUCUUGAACUUGAAUCUACUGGAUGUCGUUUAACUAUUGUCAUAGUUGUAGCUAUAAUCGUAGUUCUAUUUGCAAAAGAGUG